UACUACCACGGAAGAGAGACGAUUUUCGAAAGAAUAAGGUUGCAGGGUAGAUUUAAGCCUGUCUCCUGCGACAAGCGAAUUGCGGUGAAGGGACUUUCUCAUGGCUUUUGCUUCUGCGACGUGCUUUUCUUCCCAACUGCAACUGCAACGGCUUCCUCGCGGCCUCGCCGCCAACAGUCCCUUAUUCGUAUUUCCUUCUCCUUCUUCUUCUAAUUGUCGUCGUUUCAGACCUCUCAGUCCGACACUCAGAGCAAGCAGACCCUUUUCCGCCGUUGUAUCGGCGGCGGCGGUGAAGAGUAAUUCGCAUUCGAAUUCGAAUUCCAGUGGAAACAAAACCAGUAAAGCAGCACCAGCGGAAGAAGAGGAUGCAGAAGAAGCAGUGGAAGAAGUGGAAGAGGAUCUACCGUGGAUUCAGGAGAAGGCCUUGGACGUGGUAGAGUUCACGGGCUCCGUCACACAGGCGAUUCCUGGACCCAGAGUGGGCACCAGCUCUCUCCCUUGGAUUCUGGCUCUCCCUCUCGCCUAUGCCGGUCUCACUUUCGUCAUUGCCCUUGUCAAGACCGUCAAAAAGUUUUCUUCCCCUCGACAUAAACGCAAGAAGCUGGUGAAUAAAAAUGCUAUGCUAUGUAAAUCAAUAGACGAAUUGUUUCAGAAUGGUGCAGAAGUCAAACCCGAUGUCUUGAACCAACUUGUGCAGAAGACUGGUUUUGGCAUGGAGGAAAUUUUGCGAAAGUACAUUCGAUAUACUUUGAAUGAAAAACCAUUCAACCCAGAUGUGGUUUCCAACUUAAUCCAGCUCAGAAAAGCUUCCAAGUUCGAUGACUCUCAAGUUGCUGAAAUUCUGAAUGAAAUUUCAAGAAGAAUUGUACGAGACAAAGGCCCAGUUGUAAUGGAUGUUUCAGGCUACACUGAAAGAGGUUUCAAGAGAAAAUUAGCUGUUCAAGCCCUGUUUGGAAAGGUUUUCUAUCUGUCAGAGCUUCCAGAGUUCUGUUCGAGGGAUAACUCCUUAAUUGUCAAAGAAAUAUUUGGUGUUACAGAUGAAGAUGCAGAUAAAUUACGGAUACAUACACUUUCUGAAGCAGGGGACAUAGAUUCGUUAGAAAAGAUGGUUGAUGGUUCAGAUUCAGAUGAUUCUGGCCGGGGCUCUCCUUGAUUCACAUGCACCACAUCCAUUUUGUUUGGCACGGAAAAGUAAAGUUGUGAAGGAGGAGGGAGGGCGUGUUAGUACCUCAAAGGCGCGCCUUAAAGACGUAUUCUCAUUUGUUACAUGAUCAUGUGGAAAUUUUUUGGUUGCAGUACAGCAUGAGUUCAAAUUUUGUCAAAGUUUUGUUUAAACUUCACUUUUAAAUAUGACACUAAUUGGAUUUA